AUGAGAAUUCAUAGUCCAAAUUCCCAAGCCAAAUCAUGCUCACCCUUUCAACGACCAUUAAUUAAAUUAUUUUGUGUUGCAGAGACUGCUUCCUUCACUUCAUCAUCAUCGCCAACAGGUGUAAAGACAAGAAAAAGUAAAAUUGAAUUGAGACUUGAGGAUGGGAUUUGUGGUGGUCAUAUCAUUGCCCUUAAUAUUGUUCAUCUUAAUAUUGGCUUUGGCGUGUUACCUGUUGGGCCGGGCCAAGGGCAGACAACAAAACCCACAGCAAUAUGGGCCUCCCGCUCCUCCACCACUGGUCCAACCCAAAUAACCAUAGGCCUAGAAAUGCUACCCAUUUGUCAUUACUGUUGCUACUCUGGGGUUUGA